UCCUGCGAGUGGAUCUCUCUCUUCUCUCUGUCUAUCUCGCACACACACACACACACACACACACACACACGUUCCCUCUCUCUCUCUCUCUCUCUCUCUCUUUCUGUCUUGACGUGCGUAUGUGUAUGUAAGUGGUAGGUGUGCGUGCGCGCGUUUCUUUCUCGCUUCGCUUCGCCUCGUCUCUCCUCUGCUGUCUGUCUCCAUCUCGGCCUCGUUGCGAGAAUGGCAGGUUCGUCCGCUGGCGAAUAAAAUCGGUGGUGGGCGAUAUGGACGGAGGGGAUGGUGAUAAUCGCGAAAGAAAGGGGGUAAGAGGGUACGCGGGAGGGGAGGGGAAAUUUUCGUGCGUUUUGCCGCGAUAUCAGUGUGAAUAGCGAGGCGAAGGGCAUAGAUUGCGAGUGAUAAAGGGGUUGUGAGGGAAAAAUUACUGGUGAUUAAUAUUUAAAGUGGGAUUUAAAAGUUGAGAGAACACGCGCGGAAAAGCAGGAUGGGAGAGAGAGAGAUAAUAUUUGAUUGAAGAUGGAGGCAAAGAGAGAGAGAGAGAGAGAGAGAAUGAGCGUCAAUAAUAUCUGAAAGAUCGGAGUAGCUCGAGUAGCGAAAUCUUGACUUAUAACAGUCUAUGUUUUCUCCUAGAUAUGGAGCGAGAUGCAAAUAUCUUAUAAGGUGCAACGUGAAAAAUUCUGUUUGAAAAAAAUUCGUUGAAAAAAAAAAAAAAAAUUAAAAUGGAAGAGAAAAGCUUGUUGUGCGAAUCGUGAAGAUUGCGAAUAUCAUCGAAAAGAAAUCAACGUGAUACAGUAUAGAAAGCAAAGAGAAAAUCAGACUCUCAUUUCUUCGCGUGAUCUAGAAGAAAGAAACAUUAACCACGAAACAAUAAAUAAUGGAUGAUGAAAAAAUAUUGAGUGAAAAUGGAGUGUUCGGCAAGCGAGGCGUGAACCAUAAAGUGAUUUCCAAGUGACAAGUAUUGAGUGCGAUCAAACGGCGAGAUUCUGCUUUCAGCUCCGGUUCUACCUCCUCCAGUUCAGCUCGCUCCGUUACCGAGAGUAUUGAUAUUUCGCUGCAAGCGCUCAAAGACUUCCAAGUUAACUGGCAGUAGAAAGUAUGAGAAACACGUACCUGUCUCCGACAAAGGAUGCGGGCAGGAGCUGAUUUCCCGACUCCUUCAAGUCUCACGUCGAGUAUACGCGGAAGGAAGAUAAUCAACGGAGACUGACAAACACGCGAAGAAUGGAAGCAUGAUUCUGGUAAUGCGGAUCCGGCGAAUACGACGAAGAGCCAGAAGAAGAGCGUCCUGAGGCCGCGGAGGAACUGGGUGGCAUGACGAGAGAUUGCGGGGGUACGGAUACCCGCGAGGACGGCGGGGUCGGCGAGGCUCGAAUCUGUUGACUCAACCGUCUCCAACGGGACAAGAUCCCGGCAUGCGUCCGGUCGAGCUAAGCGCGACGUACUUCCGUUUAAGUUCACGCAUUAUACGAGAGAUCCCGUUCUCGACGAAGAAAAUUAUUGCAAAAGCGCUUACUAUGUCAUCCGCGGAGAAUAAGUGUCCCCGGCGAGACACGACUCGAGAGAAGACACGUACCUUUCGCUGAUGUCGUCGCAGGAGGUGAUUUCGAGUCGACAUCCAUCCCCGAAAUCUUUUGUGGCAUGUAUGUGACCCCAACGACGUGGAAAGAGAUUUCCGGCAAUAGAGCCUCGAAAAGACCCGGUACCGAGGGUGGUACAAGCCUGUGCCCCUGGUACGGUACCGUUUCCUGAAGGACGAGGCUGGGUGAUCGCGUGUGCGCGCGUGUGUGUGUGUUCAUCCGAGAGAGAAGAAAAAAAAAAGAAAGAAACACGGGGAAACUCAAAGAUAUCUUUCGUGCGGUGAUACCCGCGACUGUCUCUUCGAAUCGCUCGAGUUGUCCACCUUUCAUACCAGAUGCUUGCGUGCAAGGCUAUCUGAACGAAUCGGUAUCAUCGGCAGAUACCGUCGAACGAUGAGACAAUCUGGCGGAACAUCCUGAGGAAUAGCAAAAGAUCAUACAUACGUCGGUUGUUGGACGAUGACGGACUGGCCGUCGUCACGGAGAUGACUACCAGGUUAGUGGCUCGUCCCGAAGACGACGACGACGACGACGAGGUCCACGAAGAGGAACGAGACUCGGUUGUGGGCUAUCACUGCCACUGAUAGAGCUGGCAUCCCGUCGUAGCUCACAUCGAUGCCGACCGUCAUAUCCACGAAACGAGGAAUGGGGAGUGUCGGCAGCAACGUGACAGGGACGACGACGACAGAUCCGACGACGUUCCUGCCAGAUGCAACGCCGACUCUGAGCGAGCGCGAACAGCUCAAAAUCGAAUUCUACAAAACGUACGACGUCAUGACGGGGGUACGGAUAGCCGCGACCCUCGGCGGCUUCUUCAGUUUAAUGGUGUUGCUGGUAGUUUACAAAAGCAGAUGCAAAGCGAGCAAACAACUGGAGGACCCGGCAUUAACCGCUGCGGCGGCGGCGGCGGUCGCCGAAGCCGAAGCCGAGGAACGAGCACUCGCCGCCGCUCUCGAGGCAAUCGCCAGGUUACCACCUAGGCCAGGUCGCGGUCCACGGCGGUCAUUGUGCGUCGAGAUGAACCAGCCUCAUUCACCUGUGGUGGCACCUCGUUUCGCCUCGGUCGGAGGUGGAUACGAUGCCCUGCUGGCACCGCCAAUCAGGCAACUGAGGUUGGCUCCCCCCGUCGAUCACAGAAGAUGUAGCUCGGUCACCUGUAGCAGCACUGGAAGUAGUUAUCUGGAACGAAGGGGUUCAGCCAUGGUAAUGCCGUGCCUUCCGCCACCUCCAUCCUUCCCGCGUCACGCAGCCUAUGAUGAGCCAUGGGACUUAUAUUACCCCAUCGAUAUUCAGGUAAUACAGCCAACUCCAGAUUUAUCGCCAUGCGGUAGCGAGGUCGGUCUCUACGCUGGUGCAGUUGGCAACCUUAUGGCGGGGUCGUCGGGCAGGCGGGCGCCGUUGGCGUCGAUGGGCAGCGUGGAUCCACCCGAUCCGGACUCCAGGUCGCUCGGUUCCGAUUCCGUGUUCCUCAAGAACGAGGACGAGGAGCAGUGCAUCGACACGGAGGACGAGGUCUCGGGUUUCUCCACGGACUCGGACGCGCCCGGGCCGAGCUGUCGGCGUUUCCUGCGGGUGCCUUCUAAGAAAAAGCGGACCCUCGACAAGUGGGACGGAUGCGCGGGAUGCGUGCCCAGACGACGAGCCGGUAGCAAACCCUGCCAAGAAUGCUUGACCAUCAGUGCCGCCGUCGAAACCUCCAGGGCGCAACCAGCCUCAACGACGACCAGUAGCAGUCGGAGUAGCGUGGGAUCUCCACCGUGUUCACCGCCGAUCGAGCUGAAGCAUAGACCACCACCAGCACCAUUGUCAUCAAUCCCGCCAAUAUGGUCCCAAGAAACGCUCUUUUAGGAUGCGUUUUUUGUUGUGAGCAUGUCCUUCGACUUGUUUUUACCAAGACACGGAGCUAAAUCCAGAAUGUCGAUAUUCGAGGAAAUCAUUUGCCCAAAACGUGAACCUCAUCCGAUCCUUUAUCCUUAAUCAUAAUCUCUCUCUUUGGUUCUUUUAUCAUCAUUGAAUAUAUUUUAAGCGUGAAGAUCGUAGAAGAUUCAAUCAUUAAAUCAGCCAAUUUCAACUAUAAUGCAGCCAAUGGUCGAUAUUAAAUUAUUAUAAAAAUUUUUGACGCAGCAAAAUUAAAAAACAAGCAUUACACUAUUAGAAAAAAAUAGCAAUGAAGAAAAGAAGCAAGAAAGUUAAUCGAGGAAGAAGGGACGGAGACGUGUGGAAGAAGGACGGGAAGAAACAUUUUUGCUCGCGGAGAAAUAUCGGAGAUUUUCGAUAUUACGGCGGCGAGAAUCGUACAUGGAACCGGAGCAAACUCAUCUCUUAAGGCUGGUUUGAAACGAAUUUCACGUCGACGGUAUAAUAUAUACUCUCCGUGGCAACCGGUCGGAACUCGGAUCAGAUUAUUCGCCGGUUCCAAAGAAAUGCGCGUCUCGAGAACCCGCAGCAAGAAGACGCUCACAAAAUCUACCUAAGAUUUCAUCUAUCGAUCAUGUUUCAGAGACGUCUGUCUACUCUCCAGGCUAAGUUGGCGAACAAUGUGUACAAUGGCGGGUUUAAUCUGAUAUUUAAGUUUAAUUAUAUGAACCCGUAGCCACCAGCAUCGCGACCCACAAGUUAUCUAGAAUCGCACUUUAUCGCGAUCUCAUUCUUCUUGAAGAAUAUCGGCCGGCUUCAUUGAUUUCCUCAGCCGCAUUUCUUUAUACAACAAGCAUCCCUCGAGACACGCGUCGGCGCACAUUCGUGAUUCAUUUAACAACGAAAGCAAGCAAAUGCACUUCCUCGCUUGGACAUUCCAUUGGCGUCCGUGACGCCAAUCGAGAGAAAUUGAAAUGAUUUCGAGCGACCGAAUCUGGGAUUCAGAAAACGCAGGGUGAUCUAUAAAUAUAUAUCGCACAAAAAAAAAAAAAAAUCCGAGAAACGAGCGGAGAAACUCGUGUUCCAAUCGAUCAGGGUGAAGGCGAGAAACUCAGGAGACAGUCGAAGGAACCGCGACGAGAGGAGCGUGGUGGGGAGGGGGGAGGGGGGCACCGAUCGACGAUGCCGCGGGGAGAUAGGGAAUUAUUUUUAUACAAGCGCGACGAUAAUCAAGCUCGUUGGACUGAUCGUGAUGCUUCUCGCGGAAACAAUAAUUAAUGCGCGCGCGCGACACUCGAUUGUCAGUGUAAUAUGUGAUUGUCAACGACGCGAGAGAGCAAACGAGAGUGAGAGACAAAGGGAAAGAGAAGCGUGAGAAAACGGAAGCUGCACGCGGUCUCGUUCGGACGCGAAACCGUCGAAUCGAUCUUCAACGUCACGCCGAGAUUUUCCCGACGAGAAAUCGUCGAUUCGCCGGGUUCGAUCCGACAUUUCCCUAAUGCGUGGAAACAAAACGUAUUUCUAUUUCGUGUAAUCUUGUAAGCUCUGUUGUAAGGUUUUGGGUGUACGUGUACGUGUCUAUAACCCUCUUGCGUACGAUAGAUAAACGCCGUGCUGGAUGGAGGGGAACCGGAAACAGGACGAUUAUCACCGGCCGUAACAAACCGAAAUUUCCUUCGCGAGACGUUCUAUCUUUAUUUAUCUCACCGUAAAGUUUCUUUAGCAAAUUUUCACUAGAAUAUCAAUCAGUAUUGGAUAUUUCGCAACGCCCCGUAAUCAGGCCUGUAAUAUAUCAAUCUAGAAAAAAUCUAAAGAAAAAUUUAUUUUGAGGAAAUUACUUUCAUUCUUAAUAUCUGUUAAUUCAGUGAUAUUAGCUGAGACGAGAAGCUCGCUGAAUGUAAAAAAUCGAAUUUAUCAAGAUGUUAGAACGGUGUAAAGAAAAUAAAAAAGAAAGAGAGAUAAACAAGAGAAAUUUAUCGUUGACGACAGCAAUUUAUACAUGUCGCGUGUCUAUUUUCGGUAAGAAGACAAAACGUAGUUUAAUCAGAGGGGGCCCGUAGCCCUCUAUCUCUACCGGAGACUUUAUCGCGGAAGCUAAUAUCACCGGCAAAACCCCUCCAGGCACAUGACGAGAUAAAUGAAUAAAAAUAAGAGCAGAAAAAAAUAUACAGUAAAACACAUUUACGUAAAAGAAAAACGAGCGCAUGAGGACUAUCUACCGUUCUUCUGCCAGGAGUUUGUAUAGUAGAUGAAUAAGACACGAAAACCGAUAGGUUAUUAUAAUAAAAUGGGGAUGAAAUAAAGAGAGAGAGAAAAAAAAAUAUAUAUACAUAUAAUGUAACAGGUGCCGACGCACGCAGUGCUCUGCGAACGUUACUUUUAGAUAGGUGUACAUAUACGACGGCGAAAAAAAAAAAAUCCCCGAUUGAUAGAAAAACGGUGGGAAGCGAGAGACUCUAAACGUCGUCUACGCGAAGAAGAGACUUUAUAUUACAUUGGCUGCGUUCCAAACUUUGCCCCGGAGGUAACGUAUCCAACAAACCACUAACGCAAGAAGUACGAGAGAAUGUAUACUCGAGUGACUCUCUAUAGACACUCAUGUAAUUCCCUUUAGUAAUUUAUAUACGGCUAUCCGUUACUCUCGACCAUUAGGCGAAAACGUCAACCUUUUGCGGACCUAAGAGAUUACGGGAAAGUUUCUUGGAGACGAAGAGUGAGAGAGAGAGAGAGAGAGAGAGAAAUGUCUAAACUUUUAGGGAUACACAUACGAUCGACAAAAGUUUCAUGAUAAAUAGAGAGAAGUCCUUAAUUGGAUACUGUAUGCCUUAUUGAAUCAUUGUUAUAUAUAUAUAUGCGUAUAAAGAGCCAAUAAUUUGCUUGCGAAAAAGUGACAGGGGGCGAAGUUUUUGCGAACGCAGCUGUAGAAAAAUAAAACAGAAUUAUUAACGCGGAAGGUGCGCUUUGCUACACGCCGACACGCUGAUGAAUACAGUUCUGAUCAAAAUCUUUAAACCUUUGGACAAUAUUGUUUUAAACAUCAUCAUUUCCACUUUUUCCCCCGAAAUGAUUAUUAAACAAAAAUGUCUAUUUAAAAUAUACAACAUAACGGAAAAAACGAGCUAGUGAGAGCCGAGCGCAAAAAAAAAACACGCAAAUAAAAAAAAAACUAAAAUUUUAAAUUAAAAAAUCCUUUAAUUCAACUUCCAAUUAGAUUUUGAUUUUUUUUUAUUUGCGCUGUUUUAUGCGCUAGGCUUUCAUUAGUCCGUCUUUUUGUUUUGUCGUAUAUUAAUUAUUAGAGCUUUUUUUAUUUUUAUUGUCUAUUUGAUAUGUGCUUUUGAAAAUCUCGAAAGAAUGCCAAGAAUCUAGCGUGGAACCGGUCAUAGUUGUUAAUCCCUGUUGAAAUAGCGAAGCUAAUAUCUGCUGUGAUUAUUCCUCGAUUACGAGCAAAGUAUAAAAUAUGAAUCCCUAUUCUCGUCAGACUUUCAUUAAUAGAGAACAAGGUUUUCAGCGGCGCGUUUGCGUGCAACACGUCGCUCCAGUAGUCGCGCGAGACAAGGAGCUUGAAAACUUCGCGAGUGCUGCCGAAUUGCCAAAAUGUAACAAUCAAACAGUGUCUAGUUGAAGUAUAAGAUUCAGAAAGAGAGCCGAGAAUACAUGAUACGUACGUACAUGCGGAUAUAUAUAUAUAUAUAUAUAUAUAUAUAUAUAUAUAUAUAUACGCGCGAAUGAAUGCGUGAGUGCGUGACGAGUAGUAGUUUAGCGCGACUUUAGGCGGGCGAAACGUAUAUAUGCAUGUGUAUAUGUAUAUAAAAAAAAAAGAAAAAAAGAAAAAACAAAAAAGAGGGAGGCGAGUAUGCGAGAGACUUUUUAGAGACUGUACACGGAGUUCGUGUGUCGAUUGAUUUUUAGCGUCUACAACGUUCAUAAAAACCACGUGAACCUUCUUUCGGUGCCUUUCUGCUGCACUUCUUCCAUCGUCGUUUAGAAAAAUAUACACUCUCUUCUGACUAUCCUCUCAUCGGCCACUCACUCUUCCCCCUCACAUCUCUCUCUUCCCUCGUAUAGUGACUCCUUCUCAGGAGUGUUUCCGCGCGACGUCGCCAGGAAUCUGAUCGUUCUAAAAGUUUACGCGUGUUCUCUUUCGGUUCGAUUUCAUCUCUAUAGCUGAGACAUUUGAAAUUGAGUUUCACGAAAGAGAAAAAGUGAAGAGGAAAAUAGAAAAUAAUAAUAGAUAAAAGCGCAUUACAAUAGACGAAAGAUGUAUUGUAAUAACGCAAGAAUUGUCAAAACUUUCGUUGCAUUUAAAUUCUAAAGAGAUUCUCUUUGAUUAAAGCUUUUUAAACUUAUCUACAAAUGAAACAAGAAUUGUUUCUCAGCCAUUUUUCUAUUCGCGAAUAAGUCGCAUUUUAAUCGAUCUUUGGCUCAAGAAUAGUGCUUUGUUCAAAAACAGUAUUUUACAUCACGUGUACUGAAUAUUUUCUAAAUAUAGAUAGAGAAAAAAAAAACUAAGAA